UUGGCCGACCAUUUAACAGAAAUUCAGCAAAAAAGAUUUAAAUUAUGUUCAGAAGUGAUAUUUGAAGCCCAAAAGCAGAUCAAUCAAGCACAAACUAUUGUUGAUGGUCUAAACCAAUGUUUCCAUGGCGAAAAUCAUGAAGUUUUCGCUAAUGAUACUCAAAUUAAAUUAUUAAUCAACGAUAUCACAAAAGAUGUCCAGCAAAUCAUCUCCAAAGGCAACAGAUUGUUUGUAGCACCAUCAUUGACCCCAAUUCAGUUCCAGGAUCCUCCGAAAUUAAUAAUUGACCAAAUUUCAACAGAACAAAUCACCAGAUGCAAAGAGAAGAUCAAUAAGUUGAAUGAAAUACUCGAUACAUCCGAAAACUACCAAAAUCUUGCUAUAGAAGAGCUAAAUGAAAUUGUUGAAUCUUUAACCAACAUUUCAAAGUCCCAGACCACUUCACUUUCUAAUUUAUCGAUUUCGGAUAACUCUCUAAACGACGAUAGCGAUGAAAUCGAAAAAUUCCUUGAAUUAAAACGGAAAGUUUUAUCUAAGCAGAAGGAGAGACUCACAGACCUCAAGGACAUGAUCGAGAUGCUUCCAGAUACUGUUAAAAGCCUUGAAGUUGAAAAUAUCCCAGAAAUCGAAGAAUCAAAAAUUCAAAAAGAUAAUUUCAUGGAAGAAAUCGAAGUUAUGACACCACCUGUAUCAGAUCCUUUCACUGAUUCGAACCAAGUUUGUUGCAGAAGAUUUUGA